AUGGCGGCUCCCCUGGCUGGACAGGCGGGGGUUGUGCUGCGGGACCUGGCCCUGAGAUCCGCCCGCUUACGGGGCAGCUUCCCGGCUGUUCAAUUAACCCCUAGACGAUGGCUGAACCUGCAGGAGUACCAAAGCAAAAAAAUAAUGGCAGACCAUGGGGUUACAGUUCAGAGAUUCUUCGUAGCUGAUUCUGCAAAUGAUGCCCUGGAGGCUGCUCAGAGACUAAAGGCAAAAGAAAUUGUUCUGAAGGCACAGAUUCUGGCUGGAGGGAGAGGAAAAGGUAUUUUCAAUAGUGGAUUGAAAGGAGGAGUGCAUCUAACUAAAGACCCUAAGAUUGUGGAACAGCUUGCUAAACAGAUGAUUGGGUACAAUCUGUCAACAAAACAAACUCCAAAGGACGGUGUGACAGUUAAAAAGGUGAUGGUUGCAGAAGCACUGAAUAUUUCCAGGGAAACAUACUUCGCAAUUUUGAUGGACAGAGCUUGCAAUGGACCUGUUAUGGUUGGCAGUCCACAGGGUGGCGUUGACAUAGAAGAAGUUGCGGUUACUAGCCCAGAACUUAUCUUUAAGGAAGAAAUAGAUAUUUUUGAAGGCAUAAAGGAUCAUCAGGCAUUGCAAAUGGCAAAAAAUUUGGGAUUCAAAGGACCUUUGCAACAGCAGGCAGCAGAUCAAAUUAAGAAGCUGUAUAAUCUCUUCUUGAAAAUUGAUGCCACUCAGGUUGAAGUGAAUCCCUUUGGUGAAACUCCAGAAGGGCAAGUUGUUUGUUUUGAUGCCAAGAUAAACUUUGAUGACAAUGCAGAAUUUAGGCAAAAAGAAAUAUUUGCCAUGGAUGACAAGUCUGAAAAUGAGCCUAUAGAGAACGAAGCUGCCAAAUAUGACUUAAAAUAUAUAGGACUGGAUGGAAAUAUUGCUUGCUUUGUCAAUGGAGCUGGACUUGCAAUGGCAACAUGUGAUAUAAUAUCCUUGAACGGUGGAAAGCCAGCCAACUUCUUGGAUCUCGGUGGAGGCGUGAAAGAAGCACAAGUAUAUCAAGCAUUCAAGCUGCUGACUGCUGAUCCAAAGGUUGAAGCAAUACUUGUAAACAUAUUUGGUGGGAUCGUGAACUGUGCCAUUAUAGCCAAUGGUAUUACCAAAGCCUGCCGAGAGCUUGAGCUGAAGGUACCUCUGGUGGUCAGACUGGAAGGAACAAAUGUACAUGAAGCCCAGCGUAUUCUGAAUGAAAGUGGACUCCCCAUCACAUCUGCAAAUGACCUUGAGGAUGCAGCAAAGAAGGCAGUGGCUAGCGUGGCCAAAAAAUAACGAUGUGAAGAUUAUUCUUCUGGAAAGUGUGUGUUUCACAAGACAUCCUUCCUGUGGCUAUUUCGGAGAGGAUUAGUGGAGUUUUUCUGAGCAGUCGUCAGUGUUGGUGGACUUAAUUUGUGAUACAUGGCAAACUCAGGCCAUAGGCUUGCAAGUUAGGCUUCAGAAAUUUUGCAGCUACGUUCUUGAAAUGUUUGUAUGUCUUCAUCUAAUUUUGGUAAUUUUGUUACUCAGAGUUGUAAUAAGUAAUAUUUCACUUCAUAAAGCUCUUUUUCUGCCUUCCUUCCAAAAUUGUCACUGAUAAACUUCUUAUAAGAUAUAA